AUGUCUUCCAUCUCACCUGUUUCCACUGUAGAUGAAAAGCAAUUCGGGGCUCUCCCCACAACCAUCUCAGAUGCGGCCCCUUCGCAUUCUGACUCUGGCCGCCUCCACGCCCUGGAGCAGCUAGAGAUCAUCCCCAAAAUGCUUCAAGAGGGCAUCAUCUUCGCUGGCGCAGGUGCAGCCCUUCUUCUACAAGCUGCACUACCUGGAAUCCGCGAUGGAUCAACCGGCGGCCCCAAAGAGCUCGCCACCGAGCUCAUCGAUGUAAUGCAAGCCCAUAUCAGCUACAUCUCCUGUCUGGUAUUUGGCAAUCGCGCCGAGCGCAAGACCCUCCUGGAUCUAUUGCAAAGUGGCGAACGACCCCUGCUGGGUAACGGCCACUCCAAUCGGUUUACAGCCCACCCCUCACAGCAGCUGUGGAUGGCUGCAACAUUAUACGUUACCACAACAGACGUCUACCAGCGCGUCUACGGCCGCGUCGAUUAUGCAACUGCUCAACGCGCAUACAGCGAAUUCACCCUGCUGAUGUACUGUCUGGGCGUACCAUCCGGGACAUGGCCUGCAUCCCGAGAAGAAUUCUGGUCCUACUGGGACGAUCAGGUGUCUCAGCUGACGGUCUCCUCGGAUGCGGCGCAGUUCGCAAAGGACCUCAGAGAGAGUACGGAGAUGCCGCGCUGGGUGCAGUCUAUGAAGCCGUUCCUGCGGGUGGCGAUGAUUGAAAUGUUGCCUCCGCAGUUGCGUGAUGCUUAUGGAUUGCGCUCGACGGUGGCUACGAGAACGCUUUAUCGUACUUACAUGGGACUGUCGGUGGCUGUUUAUCCUGCUAUGCCUAAUAAGUGGAGGGCGUAUCCUUACCGGUUUUAUCAGGAUCGUUUGAAGAAGCAGUUGAAUGUGGUUUAA